UAUCAUGAUUUAUGUGUAGUGUUUGAAUAUAAAUGUACUUGUUGUCUUUACCCCUUAAUACCAUUUAUAUAAGUACUUAUUCUCUGUAUUAUUUGUGAUGCUUCUUCCUCCAAAAACGUUGCACUAAAGUGGGUUUUACUGUGAAGCUUCACAGGAAGUCAUCGUAUUUUCCUGGUCGGCUUCACACUUGGUGGUGCAUCUUUGAUUUCAUGCCGAUGACUCUGGAGCUUCAGGAAAGAAAUAUGUGGAAUAUUUUACGCCAAAUAACCUGACAUACCGGAGACAAGAUGUCUUGGCCUGCGCUGUACGCUCAGCUGGUCGGAGCGAACCGCCACUCUACCUCUCUGGGUAAAAUCUGGCUUUCUGUGCUGUUUAUUUUCCGGGUCAUGGUGCUGGUUGUUGCUGCAGAGAGCGUCUGGGGGGACGAGCAGUCUGAUUUUGUCUGCAACACACUACAGCCUGGUUGCGAGAAUGUCUGUUAUGAUCAGUUCUUCCCAGUUUCCCACAUUCGUCUCUGGUGUCUUCAACUCGUCUUUGUCUCCACACCAACACUCCUGGUUGCUAUGUAUGUGGCUUACCGUAACCAUAGAGAUAAGAAGAUGCUUCUUCAGAGUUCGAGCAGAGCUGGUUUGCUUGGCAACAAGAGCCAAGAGGAGGAUUUGGAGGCUCUGAAGAAGCGGAGACAUCCAAUAACUGGCGCCCUCUGGUGGAUGUACCUCUGCAGCCUGGUGGUCAGGCUGCUGUUUGAGGCUGGAUUCAUGUACGCCCUGUAUGUGGUGUACGAUGGUUUCCAGAUGCCACGGCUGGUGCAGUGUGAUCAGUGGCCUUGUCCUAACCUGGUGGACUGUUUCAUCUCACGCCCCACAGAGAAAACCAUCUUCACCAUAUUCAUGGCCACUGCCUCUUCUAUUUGCAUGGUCCUUAAUAUGGCUGAGCUUGCUUAUCUUAUCGCCAAGGCGAUCACUAGGAGUUUCUGCAGGCAGAAGGAGAGAAAAUCAACCAGCAGAGAGAAAAUGUGGAUUAAAACAAAUCAGAAGCCACUUGUGUCGAGUUGAGGACGCAGCAACAAGACAAACACAGCACAAGAAAGUCAUCCCAAACACUUGGAAAUAUCCCACACCUGUAAAUAUGAUUAAAACAGCAGAAAUUUUCUAUGAUACCUUAAAUAUUCUUGGGGUGGAGAAAAAGUCAACAGAGUCAAUAGACACUCUUUUAGUUGUAUUUGAAAAAAUAACCUGCUAAACAAAUGUUGAUUAUACAAAGAUUAUGUACAAAUAUGAAAAAAUAAACAGGAAAAUGUCA